AUGAGCACCGGCCAAAGUUCCUCUGAAGCCUCCGAGGCUUCCGCCUACACCCCGGCUGAAACGCCUAUCAGACAUGGGCCUGGGGAGACGUCUUCACUGUGGUUCGAGCGGAGGGACUCUUCAUCAACACCAUCUUCGAUAUCGCCUACUUCCGGGCCAAACCGGAGUGUUUCCCCUGAUAGGAAUAGUGAGGACAUUGAAGACGUCCCCAAGGACGAGGGGCUAAGACCAUUCGAUCCCCGAAGAUUCACACCGACGCUGCAUGCCUCGUUGGUAGGCGAGAUCCUGAAUCUGCGCCGCGAGGCGGAGAGCAAGUCCAAGUCGAUAGAUAUCCUCGAACGGAGUCUGGACGAGUGUCGGACGGAAAACGAAGAUCUGACCGCGAGCCUAUCGCAUAGCUCCAAGGAGACGCGAUCGCUGAAACACCAGCUGAAACUGCUCGAAGGUGGAUCCUCGUCCGCACUGACCGAACUGGCCAAGGAGCGGGACGACGCACUAGAGAACAUAUCCGACAUCCGCAAGAAGCUGGAACAAAGCCAGAAGAAGGCUCGCAGUCGCGAAGAGGAUAUCGAGCGGACCCAGUCGUUUUGGGACCGCGAGCGCGAGUCAUGGGAUAAUGAACGGAGGAAUCUGGAGCGCAAGGUCCAUGUCGUUGAGAAUCGUCUCAAGACUGUUUUGAAUGAACUUGCCGCCCAGGCAGCUCGUUCCAAUUCAACCAACGAGACACCAAGGGCUGAAAGUAACGAACAUCUCGCGAACCACAUCAAGGACAACAGCGACACAGCCAGUAUCUAUUCCAGCAGCCAGGGCCGACGGCGCGCCAGCAUGACGAGCAUAAGCUCCGACGAAGGCGACAUGCAUAAUAUCAGAUACUCCGUCGCGAGCCUCGCCAACAUUCAAAACAAGAGCGAUAACAGCUUAAAUCUCGCUCAGGAGCUCGAAUUCAGCGACGACGAAGAGUUCGUUACAUUAGACGAUGAUUCGAUUUCCGACUCACCCGGAGCCCUCCCAGAAGAAGCGCGACCUGCGUCAGCGCAUUCCCAGAUGUCGCAUAUCGUGGGAAUGAAGGCGAGGAAGAUCCUUGGUCUCGGACUUGAAAGCAAUCGCGGUAGCACUGAUGGCGAUGCGGCUCAGGAAUCAAUCAAGAGUCCGAGCAAGAUUCCUCUCCCUGCGUCGCCUCAUGUGUAUCGCGACGUUGGAACCCAAUACUCACCACCACCACCGCCCAAGGCACAAAGCCUGCCUGCCGUCAAAGACAGCCAGGCAAAGGACAGCAGCACUCUGACUCUGACCAUUGAUAUGGUAUCGGCCUCAUGCCAGACUGUUGGCGACCUCCCCAGUCCUCCUUAUACACCAAAACUCCCUGAAUCGCCAACAUCAUCACCGCAAUCACUUCCUGUCCAGCUCACCAUGGUUUCCGCAUUUACGCAGACAGAGUCUGUGCCAAGCGGUCUUCCCCAGACCCAGAAGAAGAACAGCCUGUCCCCGCAGGACGCCCUCUCUCCUGGCAUGGAAGUUCCAACAAUUACAAUCCACCCACCCCUCUCUGAGCCCCCAUCGCCGCGCAGCAGCGUGGUACUACCCCCGCAAACAAAGAGCGCAUCCUGUCAAACGACCACCCAACCCAUCCAGGGCAACUCGAUUGCAAUCCAAACGGAGGAGAUCCGGAUCGACCAACGGCCCGUGAAACUCCCCGCGAGCUUAUUACCGUCAGCUAUCCCUGACAUCCCGCUCAGGAAUGAGGCCCGGGUUACGCAAUCUCAGCCGUACCGCAUGCCCAUGCCUCGGGCGAGUAAGGAAGAGAAGAGACCUCAACCUCAACCUCAGCGCAAGCCAAUGCCGUCUGCUGAAAGGCGGCCCAGCGAUUCUUCGGAGAGACCGCUGGGGAGGAUCCAGGUUUACCCUGGGAAUAACGAUAAUGGGCCUCUGUCCAAGGGAUCGACGCCGGGUAUGCGCCGGCCGCCAAGGACGAGUAGUCUCUUUGCUGGGUUUGAGGACCUGAGCGAUGAAGAGAAUUUCGACAAGAAAAUGGAUAUGUUUAGCGAUAAUGAGUUGAUGAAUCGUCCUACUGCGACGUAUACUCUCAGGAGAGGGAAGAUGGUGUCGACACAGCAUCAUCCUUCAUUGGAUAACACUACCCUGCCUGAGAUCGAGGAGCAUCUCUCCGAUGCUAAGAUGCAGCUUGAAUCGUCGGUUAACAAUGAUGGUACUGAGUCUAUCGUAUCUUCUCACAGGAAGGGCUCCGCGGCUCGACAGCAAGAUAUCCGCCGGGCUGCCAUGAUCACCAACAGUGCAGCCGCGCACCAAAAGAAGCGAGUCCACAGCGCAAGUGACCCCAGCACCGAUAGCGCUAGUACCACCAGCGUCGCGCCCCCAUUCCCCGUCCCAAUCCGACACAGCUCGAGGGGAUUCCCCACUACCUGCAGCGACGGACGAGAUAGCCCCACGCCGUCAUACAACAGCAGGAAUUUCUCCGAUCGUCCUCGCCCCCCAAUCAACAGAAAGCCGACUCUGCGUCGGGUCCGGUCGGCGACCACUGUCUCGCAGGGUUCCCAGCCGGAUGUGUUUGGUAGUUUCUCAUCCCCCGGUGUAUCGAAUUCCUCGGCUGAUAGCCCCAGGCGGCCGUCGCUGCCUUUCGAUGAUAUUAUCGAAGACCAGCCGCAUCCGGCACAGCGGAGGCAAUCUAUAUGGCGCGACGUUGCGUACGGUGGUGUCAAUAGUGUUAACCGUGGCAAUGGUGGUGGCAGUGGCAGUGGCAGCGGUAGUGGCAGUGUAUUCGAUCGUGAACGACAGGAUUCGACGGCCACAUCGAUUCAGCAGACGAGCGUGGUCGACGCGAUUGCGCAGACUAUGAUUGGCGAGUGGAUGUUCAAGUACGUCCGGCGAAAGUCGUUUGGGAACUCCUCUGAGCCGAAGGAGAACUGGGAGGGUCGGAAUGCAGAUGAGGUGUCGGCGAGUAUCACGAAUAGUGGCGUGAGGCACAAGAGAUGGGUUUGGUUGGCCCCGUAUGAACGGGCUAUCAUAUGGAGUAGCAAGCAGCCUACCAGCGGGCCGGCGUUGCUGGGCAAGAGUGGUCGGAAGUUCACGAUUCAAUCCGUCCUCGACGUCAAAGAUGACAACCCUCUUCCCAAGGGCUCCAGUCCAGCAAGCCAAUUCAACCGCUCAAUCCUGGUCCUCACACCCCAACGAGCACUAAAGUUCACCGCGACAAGCAUGGAACGCCACUAUGUCUGGCUCACAGCCCUCUCCUUCCUAAGCCAUUCCUCCAUGGACCUGGAUGAAAUCGCAAACCUCCCACCAAUCCCGCAAGCGCAGGCUAACGCCUCACCCGCCUCAACCGGCAGCAUACGCAAGAACCCCAUCCGCGAAUCUUUCAAGGCAGCCAAGUUCCCCCGGGCAUACCCCAAGCGUCCAUUUGCCAACAACAACAAACCAGCCCCAGUCCCCGAAGACCCCAUGGAUGACAACGACUCAAUGUUCGACGCCGCCGCUCCCCCAACAGUCCCCAUGUUUUCGAGCAAACACAACCGCAAGCGCAGCAACACUGGGCCCCGAAUGCCACCACCAUCAUCCAUGCGCAACUUCUCCGCCAUGGGCCCAGCAUCUAAUAACAACUCCUUCGACGCCAUCUACCCACCCUCAAUACCAACCAACGGCCCAAACAGCACCCGCACAAGCAUCAGCCGGCGCACCUCUGAGACCAGCGGUCCUUCAUCCAGCGUGGCCGGCAGCGCGACGAGUAACUUCUUCGAUGCUAUCGGGACAGUCCGUAUGGAGGCGUUUAUUGACCAGACGGAUGCGAAUCGGCCGCCGCGUGGGAGCUCAAGGCAGGGGCAGAGACAUCGGAGGAAACCGUCGAGUAGUCAGUGGAGUUCGGGGUUGUCGAGUGGAUAUGGGUAUCCGCAGCCGAGGGGGAGCUUUGAGACGUCUGGGUCGAGGUUUGAGGAUCCGUUUAAGGGUUUUUGA